AUGGAAUUCUAUCUCCGGUUUCAGAAAUGCCUAUGUCGCCGUUUUCAAUGGCUUCGUAAUAACAUUCCAAAAUGGGAUAUCAAAAGUUCGCUGUGGUGUGUUUGGCUUGUGUAUAGCAUCGGAUUGAUGGUGACCAUUGCUGUAAUAUUUGGUGGCGUAAUCGAGGGAAACCACGAGGAAACAUGUCGAGAUAAAAACGACAAUUUCUCGGGAACCUUUAAGAAUGUGAAAAUGUGUCGGACGAAAGACAAUGAAAUAUUUUUCAAGGAAGGAACGAUCUGUGGAAAUUUAACCAACGACUACGCGACAUUUUGUUGGAAAGCGAAAAGCGAAGUGCUCGGUCUACUUAAAAGGGAUGAGUUCUUCGGACCAAGCAUACUGAAGAUCACUUUGUGUGCGACGCCGGUAUUGAUGCUACUGCUCUUGAAGUCUGCCAGAGCGCCAAAACGCGACGACAAAAGAUCCCAAAAUGUAGCAG